GGCCGGCGGCUCCAGGUUGGAGGCGAAUGGCUUUGUGCCUCCCUCGCCAUGCCAGCUCUUGGCGGGCGGCGCGCGCAGAGCGAGACGCGGGGGCGUCCAGAGCUCGCCCCGUGAGGCUCCCGGCGGCGGCUGCAGCUGCUCCUUUCAACUCCGGCUUCGCGCUCGCCCCGCCGCCUGGGAGGCACCGCUGCCAGGAGGAUGUGGAGGCGGCGGCGGAGGUUGCCGCUCCUGCCGCUGCCGCCCCGGUGCAGGCGCUGCGCUCUGGAUGACUGCGCGCUCCUGGUUUUCCUGCUGCUGCCCGGGAUGCUGCGCGCCUUCAACCUGGACCAGGACAAGACCACGGUCUACAGCGGGCCCCGCGGCAGCUACUUCGGCUACGCGCUGGAUUUCUACAGCCCUGCGCCCCACGCAGUCAGUGUCUUGGUCGGAGCUCCGAAGGCCAACACUAGCCAGCCAGACAUAGUGGAAGGAGGUGCCGUCUAUUAUUGCCCUUGGCCAGCCACUGAGUGCAAACCGAUCCCUUUUGAUACUACAAACAACAGAAAAAUCAAAAGCAAUGGUACCCGAGAACCCAUUGAAUUUAAAUCAUAUCAGUGGUUUGGAGCAACAGUGAGAGCUCAUAAAAGAAAAGUGGUGGCUUGUGCUCCCCUGUAUCACUGGAGGACCCUGAAGCCUACACCUGAAAAGGAUCCAGUUGGCACCUGCUAUGUAGCAAUUCAGAAUUUCAGUGCCUAUGCCGAGUAUUCGCCUUGUCGCAAUAACAAUCCAGAUCCUGAGGGACAAGGUUUCUGUCAAGCAGGAUUCAGCUUAGAUUUUUACAAGAAUGGAGACCUCAUAGUGGGAGGACCUGGCAGUUUUUAUUGGCAAGGUCAAAUUAUCACCAGCAGUAUAGCAGAUAUCAUCACAGACUAUUCAUUCAAGAAUAUUUUAAGAAAGCUGUCUCGAGAAAAACAAACUGGAGUUGCACCAUCAAUAUAUGAUGACAAUUAUCUGGGGUACUCUGUGACUGUUGGUGAAUUUACUGGAGAUUUUCAGCAAGAGAUCAUUGCUGGAAUCCCAAGAGGUGCACAGAACUUUGGCUAUGUUUCAAUUAUUAAUUCUACCGAUUUGACCUUCAUUCAGAAUUUCACUGGAGAACAGAUGGCAUCUUACUUUGGAUACACUGUUGCAGUAUCGGAUGUUAACAAUGAUGGAUUAGAUGACAUCCUAGUUGGAGCACCUCUCUUUAUGGAACGUGAAUUUGAGAGCAGCCCUAAGGAAGUUGGACAGAUUUAUUUAUAUCUGCAAGAGAGUGCCUUGUACUUCAAAGAAGCACAGACUCUGUCUGGAACAGACGUAUUUGGUAGAUUUGGCAAUUCCAUUGCGCAUCUUGGAGAUCUGAAUCAGGAUGGAUAUAAUGAUAUUGCAGUAGGUGCACCAUUUGCAGGAAAAGACAGAAGGGGGAAAGUACUAAUUUAUAAUGGAGUCAAGAAUGGGUUAAAUCCUAUCCCUUCCCAGAUUCUCAGUGGUAUGUGGGCCUCCGAAUCUCUGCCUGCAGGAUUUGGUUUUACGCUAAGAGGGGACUCUGACAUAGACAAGAAUGAUUACCCAGACUUAAUUGUUGGCGCAUUUGGAGCUGGAAAAGUAGUUGUUUACAGAACAAGACCAGUGGUGACUGUAGAUGCUCGGCUCUUGCUGUCCCCAGUGAUCAUAAAUCCAGAAAAUAAAACAUGUCAACUUCCUGGGUCUAUGACAUUAGUGGCUUGUUUUACUGUAACAGUCUGUAUGGCUUUUGAGGGGCAAGGUCUUUCAGAUAAAAUAGGUUUAAAAGCUGAACUGCAGUUAGAUUCAUUGAAACCAAAAGGAGCUGUGAAGCGGACCCUCUUCUUUGACUACCAUCAGUCACAGCUUGUCUUUCCAUUUAUGAUAGACAGGAGGAAGCGGCUCACUUGCAAAGACUUUGUGGUUUAUCUGAAAGACGAAUCGGAGUUUCGAGAUAAAUUGUCUCCAAUUGGCAUUAGCUUGAAUUACAGCUUGGAUGAAUCCACUUUUUCCAGUGGUUUUGCUGUAAACCCGGUGUUGAACUAUUACCAGGAAAGCAUCGUUGGAGAAAAAGCUUACAUUCUUGUGGAUUGCGGAGAGGACAACUUAUGCAUUCCUGACUUGAAACUUUCCGCUGUGCCAGAUAGAGAUCGAAUCAUAAUUGGGGAAGAAAACUGUGUCAUGGUUUUGAUAAAUUCAAGAAAUGAUGGUGAAGGAGCUUAUGAAGCUGAACUGCAUAUAAAGAUACCUCCAGAGGCAGAUUACACUGGUGUUGAACGUAACAACAAGGCUUUACGUGCGCUGAGCUGCGAUUACAAGAUGGAAAAUGAAACUAGAAUGGUGAUUUGUGACCUUGGGAACCCCAUGGCAGCUGGAACAAAUUUUUCUACAGGUAUCAAAUUUACAGUGCAGCAUUUUGAAAAUGCUGAAUUAAGCAUCAACUUUGAACUACAAAUGAGAAGCUCCAACAAAGUUAAUUCCAACAGUAAUUUGAUUGACCUUCAGAUUGACAUAAGUGCAGUGGCUCGAGUACAGAUCAGAGGAGUUUCUCAUCCACCACAAAUUGUUUUGCCAAUUCAUAACUGGGAACCAAAGGAAGAACCUACCAAAGAAGAUGACAUUGGACCUUUGGUGGAACAUAUUUAUGAGUUGCACAACGCUGGACCCAGCGCCAUCAACGAUACCCUGUUGUAUGUGGAAUGGCCAGUCCUGAGCAGAGAGGAAUUCCUUCUUUACAUCCUGCAUAUUCAGACACAUGGACCGUUGCAAUGUCAGACAAGCUCUUCUAUCAACAGUUUAGAAAUAAAGUUUGCUGUCCCACAGGACACACCCGAACUCGCUGCUUUUUUGCGCAACUCCUCGAUUCCUCACUAUGUUGGGCGGAGGGAAGUCAAAACCUCAGAACAUCAAGUGAACUCUGCAAAAAUUCUGAACUGUACCAACGUGGAAUGCCUAAUAAUCACGUGUUCGGUAGGACUGUUAGAAAGAGGGAAGAGUGCUGCACUAAAAAUACGGUCUCGAUUGUGGGCUUCAACAUUUCUGAAGAGAAAAAAUCAUCACUACUCACUUUCUGUCAAUGUGUCCUUUGAAGUAAAGAAAAUGCCAUACAAAGUUCAGCCUACAGGACUCCUUGAAGAAAGUAUAGCGAUAAACACAUCUGUUAUUUGGGCCACUCCAAAUAUUUCCUUUAUAAUCCCUCUGUGGGUUAUAAUAUUAGCCAUACUUCUUGGACUGCUGGUUCUGGCUAUGUUGACUUUAGCUUUGUGGAAGUGUGGCUUCUUUGACAGAGCUAGGCCGCCUAGAGAUGAUAUGGCUGACAGGGUUCAACUGACAGGUGACAAGACUACUGACACAUAGAGGAAGAGGAUAUUAAUUGCGGCGGAGAGUCCUGAUCAAGGCCAGAACCAUGCCAGAGAUUUCAUCUACCAGCAUCCUUCCUUUGAAUUCAAGAUGCUGCAAUCUGAUGCUGCAGUCUGAACCACACAAUGUUCUACGUGUUCACUACAUAAUGACCAUAGAAGGCAGAAAAGAACAUUUACUGCUGCCUCAAAAACAUACCCAGAUGAUGAGCAGGACUUUUUAAAAAAUCACUCUGAACAUUCAAAACUGUGAUAGAUUCCUUGCAACAUAUGUGGCGCAUUAAAAGCACUCAUAGUCCGAACUGCACAGAGAUGAAAGGCCUGUGUUGGCUUAGAAAACAGCCAGGGCAAAAUGUUCAAACACUACUGUAUAAUGGCAAGACGUUGUGGCAUCUCCCUAAGGAUAAGAACUUUUUAGGCAACUCUGGGUCAGGGAGAGAAGCAAUACGUUGGUACUGUGAAAGUACUUCUGAAAAGCAAAAAUAGCCUUUAAAAAUACUGCAUAAAUAAGGCACAGUUAUUUAUUUUUACAUCUUUUUAUAGACUGGGCAACUUACAAGAAAUUCUGAAAAAAAUAUAUUGAUGGUAACAGCUACAUUAUCUUACAUGUACAUUCCAUAGGCUAGUUAAAAGUGUUGGGGGAAGGGGCAGAAUUACAAAUUAUGUUAUAUGGUGGAAAGUACAAUAAGUACAAUAAAUCCUAAAUCUGGAGAAAAAAGCACCCUGAAGAUUAUCAGGUUCAGCUGUGUUCCCUAAGGAUCCCUCCUGUUGAAUCACAUCCACACCAUAGUAAGAGAUCCAGGUUAUCUUGAUUGUACAGUACUGAAAAACAAGUGUCCCCUGCCAGAGAGAGAUGGAUAAUUCUAAAUAAGAGUCUGUUUUAAAAGUCUGUACUCUAGUAAUACAAUCCAGCUGUUUCUAGCAAGUGGAUUAAACCACAUGCUACACGGGAAGGAAAAAAACAAGAGAGCUACCAACUAACCAACCUGACAUAGGAGAAUACAUCUUACCUAACUUUAAAUAAGAUCUGUGAAUCCAGUUGCUAAAGGCAAAACCCCGUCACCAGUUGUUUGCAAGAGAAGAUAAUCUUUGUUUCACUAGCAGAAGUCCACCAGACUCCUCCUCCGUUUCUAAUUGCUGACCUCUGAUGAUUUGGGGAGGGGGUACUCCAGUGUUUAAAGCAAAACACACCCUUCAAGAGCCCACUGCGCACAUCUGCGUACCAGAUUAAAAACUUAAAAACAGACUUCUCAACUGUGUUUUGACAUCAUUGAGGCAUUUUAGUUUUUGCUCCAAUGGCUUUUCUGAGAGGCUGUUCCAGAAUAUUACAUAGCUAAUAGAACUUCCUUCUGCUCUCCAUCCUGAAUUUAUUAAUGAACACUUUAGAGUCAUUAGUUCUUGUAUUUAAACACCUCAAUCCAGCAAUCUGUUCUGGCCAUAAGAGCAUGCGCCUGGACCUAUCCCAAACGUUUAAUUAUUUUUCCAUUCACUUCAGUUCCAUUUCUUUUCAUGAACCAUUAUAGAUCAGUCAGAAUGCAGAGCAUGCAAGAGUAGCAUGUGCACUCCCCAAAACACAUGGUGCCUAAAUUAGGAUAAUGAUCUUUAUCAUCCUCUGUCACGUUUGUUGGUGCCUCUUUACUAUAAGUUGCAAAAGGACAAUCUUUGGACCAAAUCCAGCCAGAUUUUCAAGGUGUUCUAGAAACAUCAGCCAUCACUGGUCCCGAGGUUCAUAAGGGUUGGACCAAAGUAACCUCAAACUUCAAAUGAUGUGGUGGGCAUCAUACAUGGCAAUGAAUUUCACAUACGUUGGUGCAAGUGGCGUAAAAUAUCUGCAUGACUUUUGGCACCUUUUACACACCUUUUAUUUCUACUUGUAUCCAAAAUUCAGAUGAUUGAAAUAUUUGUACUGCUUACACCUUUACAUGGGUAGUUUAUUCAUUUCAAAUUUUACAUCAUAUCCUAUGUGCAAUUGUUGCCUAAAUGUUGGUCUUGCCGCAAAGCAGGGCUGCUGUGUAAUAUCUGUUGUCAAAGGGAUGGAAAGGGGGGGGCAGUGGACUUUUGGGCCUGAAACCCCUUCUCCAGAUCCUACUGAGUAUUUCUGGCUUGUUAUUCAUCCAGCUUCUUUUCCUCCAAGGACGAGAAGGAAUUAACUACCACCAGACAAAAUAUACUUGAAUUUUACAGGAUUUAGUAUGCAAUUCUCUGUUCAGCCAUAGCCAAAGGCUAAAAUGAGGCCAUAACAGUAGCCUGAAUUAUCAGAUUUCCCUCUGUAGUCUUAACAACACGGAGGGAAAUUUUGCUUUUUCAAUUUCAUAAGACAGAAUAGUGUGGAGGGUGGUUGAAGGGCAUAACUAAUUUUAAACUCAAUUUCCAAGUUUGUGCAUAUUGACACAGAAAAAAUGUGCUGGUACUCGGUACCAGUGAAUACUGCCACAACCCCCACCCCCAUAUUGACACAUCCUAGAACAAAAUUCAAAAUGCACUUCAUUAAUGAUAUAAAUAUUUGAAAUUUCUUUUCAUUGGUGUAAAAGGUGAUGAAGUUUGUAGCUAAACUUAUUGUGCUUACCAUGAAUGGUGGACAUGGAAGAAUCUUGGCCUCUCCCAAUGAUUUUCAAACAGGAGAAGCUGUAGUUUCUCAGAAGCUUAUUUGUGGGUCCUAAACUUGCGAGAAAAAUAUGGGGAUGAGUGGCCCACCACUGUCACUCUUACACUGCUCUGUGAAAAUGUUGCAAAGUAGUGUUUGUCUACCAAAACAAGGUCUAGCUACAAUCCAGGCUUGGCCAAAAUGGCGACCCAACCAUGUCUAUUUCCACAUUCCACAGCAAUAUGCAAAAUGUUGCACAAAAGAUGCUCAUGUGUCCCUCAGCUGCCAAGUCUAUGUGAAAAGUGCUCCUUGAGGGCAAGAAGUUUGAAAAAUUGCACUGACACACUAGGUACUCUGGCAUCUGAUUCACUUUGAUGUAGACAGCAGCAUACUCGAUAUAAAAAUAUCAGCUCUUCUCUAAAUCUAGGAAUAACAGCUAAGAUAGAGGCUUUUAAGUUUCUGUAAACUGUAGCCCAUUGUCGUCCAUGCAUAUCCACCCAUGAACAUGAAGAAAAGUGAUUUCUGUUUUGUAAAUAAUGGGUUGUUGUGUUAUAAUAAUAGUUUAUGCAGAAGGACUGCCCAGCUGAACAUAUGCUUAUCUGUGACAUGCAACCCUCUUAGAUGAUGAAAUAUGAUUAGGAAAUAUGGAAGAUUUUUGUACGUGCAAUAUUUUAUAUUAUCUAUGUACCUGAUGCAUGUUUACACUGGUAUUUGUGGUGGGUUUUUUAAAAGUUGGAAAUAUUGAUUAACAAAUUAAAAAAACCUAACUUCUUUGCCUUAA